AUUUAAAGUAAACUUUACUAUAUGAUUGACUGCUUCUGACAGUGAAUCAAUGCAAGUAAGAUCACAAGUACAAUAAAUCUGAUGAAGGAUUUAAUUCUUCUCCUAUAAAUGAGGGGGAGAACUUCACAUAAACAAUCAAGGCUUUUAGUUUCAAAAGCAUAUCAGAAUAACCUCUUUUGGUUAAAAUUUAACUAUUUGCAACUCCAAGGAGCUCUCAGUGUUUUUGCUCCCUUGGUGACUCAAAGCCACAACGUCAAGAUUGGAGGUGAAGGGUGUUUACUAUCCGAGCAACCCCUCGUCUUUGCUAAUUUCAUGUUUGACAAACAAAAAUAUAUAUUCCCAUGAACUUUGUCGACGUGUGAUAAACUUAUUCUGUGAGCCCAUUUUGAAAAUUCUGAUUGGUUAAAAGUUUGGAACUUUUGCUUUCUUGAGGAUUUUUGAUCCUUUUGCAUUUGAUUGUAUUCAGUGGAUUAAUAUGCUAUCCUUCUUUGCUAAUUUCAUGUUUCAAAGCAAAAAUAUAAUAUAUUCUCAUGAAUUUUUUUUGCAUUAAGUUUUCUUUGAACCUGUUUUGAAUUUUCUGGUUAUUGGUUAAAAUUUUGAAACUUUUUGAUUUGUUGGGUAUUUUAAUUUUGUACUGCAGAUUACAUAGUUCUUGGAAACAGCCUCUAGCAGAAAUGCAAGGUAAGGCUGUGUAUAAUAUACCCUUGUGGUGGGGCCCUUCUCCGGACACUGCGCAUAGCGGUAGGUUUAGUGCACUGGGCUGCCCUUUUUACUGCAAAUUACAUAUAUGACGUUUAUUUGCUCUAUUCGUGACUCGAACCAAACGUUUAGGGUUGGAGGUGGAGAGUGAUUGCCACCGGAGCAACCCCUCUUGUCGCGGGGAUAUUCUGCUUGAGAUAGACUUCGUUCCUUUUUUUUUGGCUGACAUACAUUUAGAUACUGCUUUAUCUUCUUCCCACAGCCUAAGAUUAAAAUUUAUGGCCUGGCUGGUUUUUGAUUCCUAUCCUGUUUUUAGAAUUUGGUUUCUUUCCAAGAACAUGGAUCUUUUUAUGUAUUUAAAGGGACAAAAUGCUUCUAAUAUUGUACUCCCUUUUAGUGUUCAGGAUUGAUAAGUAACUCCCUUUUAAAUUCAUUUUAAUUCUUGAUCAGGUUAUAGUUUUUGAGAUUGUCACCAGUUGAGCCAGUUCAUGUGCACUACUUCGUGAUGGAAACUGAAGAUAAAACAUUGUUUUGUUAUUGUCGUUGGGGCUGGAAGGAAAAGGAGCUUCCAGAUGGAUCCAUUUUGUAUGUGGGAGGUAUUACCCGUCAGGUUACUGUGAAGACGGGCAUUAAGUAUAAUGAUUUUGUGAACGUGGUUUUUGACCGAUUAGGCAUUGUUGAUACUUCAGAUAAGAUCUUGCAAUUUACUGCGAAGUUUGAUAAGUCUCGAUUGAUAGAUCUGAGAGACCAGAAAGAUGUCAAUGCUAUGUUACAAUUUAAUGAGGGUUCUAGUGAUGUUUAUGCGUCAAGCUUGAAUAAGGAGCCUUAUUCUAGACCGACAUCAGGUAGCGAGAAGAAUGUUGAACUUACUGUUGAUUCUGAUUCAAAACUGGAUACUACUGACGUACGCGAUGAUGAGAAUGAUUUGGCAAGCCCUCUGAAGAAGGCACGGUGUAUCCAGUCAGCUGGAGAUUCUGUUGAAAGGUUAAAUCAAAAUGGAGCGGCUCUUCCUGAGGGGGAUGUGCAGAACAACAAUUCCAAUAUUGGGAUUUUUAAUGAACAGGCUUCUAAACCGCCAUCAGGUGGUGGAGAAGUUAUUGUUAUUUCUGAUUCAGAACCAGAUCCAACUCCUGAUAUUAAUCACCUAGUUAACGAGCAGGCCUUUGUACCGCCAUCAGUUGGUACAUACUCCUAUGGAAUGCCAAAUGAACUUUACAAGUUCUCUCAUAGAAUUCCCUAUUUCAAAAUGAUUGGAAAUGAACGAAGGGGUGUACCAGCAGGAUCGUUUGAAACUGAUCCUUAUGCUCUCCCCCCACUCCCAACGACGUUUGGUGCCUCUUGGAGAGCUAAGGAAGACAGCAGGCGUGCAAACUUCAAGCCUGUAGAAAAUGUUCUGUCAGCAGUUCCCCCUGGAAGUAGAGAUCGGUCCAGGACAUCUGAACACGCGACAACAUCCCUGAACACCGGAAACUUGAAUGUUGUCCAUGCUGCUAACGGAAAGUUACCUACGCUCGCUGAUUUGGAACUGAAAUUAUGGCCUGGCGGGACUCAAAAAUGAUUUGGUCCUUAUCAAUUUGUUGCUUGAUGAUUGAGAUGGAACAUAGCUACAGGGAGGAUAAUGCACUAGCACAUGCAUCUUGAGUUUUUGGAAGUUGUUUACAUUAUUACAUAUUAUGAUACCCCUUCGCCUUUUGUAGUAUAGUCCCUAUGUUUUUGUAGUGUCUCCUAUCAUCUAUGUAAUAAUCCUUCUAACGGAAAAACGAUGAAUAUGAUAUGUAGCUUGAUAAAUGCUACUUCAUUUCAUGUA